AUGAUGGCAGGAAACAAUGAUCUUUCUGGUGGUACCGGCGAGAAGUUGACAAAUGCAACAAUUGUGGUAGCUGGUUCUGCUGCAUUGCUAGCGUCUAUACUUUCUAUCGUGGUGCCGAUAUAUUCAAUCUCUUCAUGGACCAGUCUUGUUUCGAGAGAAGCAGCACUAUUCCUCGAUCCUAUUCGUGAUGUAUACGAGGCUUUCACAAUUUACACCUUUUUCCAACUCCUUAUCAAUUUCCUCGGAGGUGAACGGUCUUUGAUUAUCAUGAUGCAUGGACGAGCACCGGUUCAUCACCUUUGGCCAUUGAAUCACGUCUUCCCUAAGGUCGAUAUAUCAGAUCCCCACACAUUCUUGGCCAUCAAACGUGGAAUUCUGCAAUAUGCUUGGCUGAAGCCUCUUCUUGGACUUUCAGCUAUCAUUAUGAAAGCUACGGGUGUUUAUCAAGAAGGCACUAUUUCUUUAACUUCUGGCUACAUGUGGAGUGGGAUUAUCUACAACAUUAGUGUCACACUGAGUUUAUAUUCCCUCGGGAUGUUUUGGGUUAUCAUGUCUAAGGAUUUACAACCCUUUCGCCCCGUGCCGAAAUUCUUGUGUAUUAAGCUCAUCAUAUUUGCUUCAUACUGGCAAGGAUUUCUUCUUUCCAUCUUGGUCUUUCUUGGAGCAAUUCCGGACAAUGUGGAGGAUUACACAGCCGACAGUCUCGCUGCAGCGAUUCAGGAUGCAUUGAUCUGUAUUGAGAUGCCUAUUUUCGCAAUCGGACAUUGGUAUGCCUUUUCGUGGCACGACUAUGCAGAUGUCACUAUCUCUGCAGCUAGGAUGCCUGUCCGCUACGCUAUUCGGGACGCUUUUGGUAUUCGUGAUCUUAUCGAAGAUACGAAAGAAACAUUUAGUGGGAAGAAAUAUGAAUAUCGGCUAUUUGAUUCGGGAGAUAAUGUUUUAGCUCAUGAAGGGUCGUCAUCAAGAGUAGCCCGAAUGAUGGAAGGUAUGCGGUACGAGCGGGGCGGGAAAGGAAAAUACUGGAUUCCAAAACCUGGAGAAGCAAAUGCGAGGACACCAUUGCUUGGUAACAAUGCUGGAUCUCCUGGAACCCGGUCCCCUAUGCAAUCCCGUGAUGGCGAUUCUGACUAUAUGGGGUGGGGGGAUGGUGGAAUGGAGCAACAAGGCCUAGAUGCCGACGAAGAAGGUCUUUACGAGAGAGCCAGACAGCUGGAAUAUGGGGAUUGGAACUAUCCAGUAAUCACUGCUCAUGAAGCGUCAAGAGAACGAUGGCUCACUGCGCAGCCUGAUCUUUUGACUACUUCAGCUAACCGCAACCUUCUCCAACCUACUAACGACAAUCGUAUUCGAAGAGCUAGUAACAUUAGAGAGACGGUUGAGGAUGUCACCAACCGAACUAAAAGAAAUUCCUCAAGAAAUAGUCACAGCAGAGAUUCCAAAGGCAAAAAUAAAGAAAACUCUCCUCUUAAUGAAGAGGGGAGAGCGCCGAUGCUUAAAGGCAUGUUGCGACAACACUCGACUGCCUCUAGUUCAGCCAAAUCCGAAAGGGGCCAAUUGGUUGAUGUCAUUGUCGAAGACACUGUUGCAGAGGAAACCGAAAGAGUUCGGGCGCGAAAAGAAGGAAGUGCCGGGUGGAAUGCUGCUGAGCCUCGACGUUAUGUACGAACAUAUGGAGACGGCACGGGCGAAGACAUCCGAGAAGGAUUCGAGCCCACUGAUGAUGUAGAAGCUGUCGAUCCUAAACCAGGUCUCGACGAGUUUGCAGUCGAUGGGGAUGAGGAUCAUAACAGUACUCGGGAUGACUCGGAGGAAUCGCGUCAUUGGAACGAGGCCCGGGAGGCAAGUGUGUUAUUGAAGCCUAAAUACGGAGUUGAUGGAGAGGCGUUCGAAAACGUUUGGGGUAGUGGAGAACCGUCAACUUCUCCACGGGAGAAUCCCUGA